AUCGACCAGGAUGGGCUGACUUUGCCUGAAAGGACACUCUACCUGGGACAGGAUGAGGAGAGCGAGAAGAUCCUGGCUGCAUACCGUGUGUUCAUGGAACGACUGCUCACCCUCCUGGGGGCUGAGCAUGUGGAACAGAAAGCCCAGGAGAUACUGCAUCUGGAGCAGCACCUCGCCAACAUCACAGUGUCCGAGUACGAUGACAUGCGGAGGGACGUUAGCAGCAUGUACCACAAAGUGACCCUGGGCGAGCUGCAGCGCAUCACCCCCACGCUCAAGUGGAAGCGCUUGCUGGACCACAUCUUCCAUGACAACUUCUCGGAGGAGGAGGAGGUGGUGCUGCUGGCCACUGACUACAUGCACAAGGUGUCUGAGCUCAUCCGUGUGACACCCAGCAGGAUCCUUCACAACUACAUGCUGUGGCGUAUUGUGGUGGUGCUGAGUGAGCACCUCUCCACCCCCUUCCGUGAUGCCAUCCACGAGCUCUCCAAAGAGAUGGAGGGCAAUGAGAAGCAGCUCGAGCUGGGUAAGAUCUGCCUCAGCCAGGCCAACAAGCACUUUGGCAUGGCCCUUGGCGCCCUCUUCGUUGAGGAGCACUUCUCCUCUGCCAGCAAAGCCAAGGUGCAGCAGCUGGUGGAGGACAUAAAAUACAUCCUGGACCAGCGCCUGGAUGAGCUGGACUGGAUGGACGAGGAGACACGGAGAGCAGCCAGGGCCAAGCUCCGGUACAUGAUGGUUAUGAUUGGGUACCCUGAUUUCCUGCUGCAGCCAGAGGCCAUCGACAAGGAGUAUGAGUUUGAUGUGGACGAGAAGACCUACUUCAAGAAUAUCCUCAACAGCAUUGCCUUUGGCAUCCGGCUCUCGGUGAAGAAGAUCCGGCAGGAGGUGGACAAGUCCGCGUGGCUGCUGCCUCCCCAGGCACUGAACGCCUACUACCUGCCCAACAAGAACCAGAUGGUGUUCCCUGCUGGCAUCCUGCAGCCCACCCUCUACGACCCCGAGUUCCCGCAGUCACUGAACUAUGGUGGGAUUGGCACCAUCAUCGGACAUGAGCUGACCCAUGGCUAUGAUGACUGGGGGGGACAGUACGACCGGCAUGGGAACCUGGUACACUGGUGGACGGAGAGGUCUUACAGCAAGUUCCUGAAGAAGGCACAGUGUAUCGUCAACCUCUACGACAACUUUACCGUCUACAACCAGAGGGUGAAUGGCAAACACACGCUGGGGGAGAACAUUGCUGACAUGGGAGGCCUCAAACUCGCCUACUACGCCUACCAGAAGUGGGUGCGGGAGCACGGCCCCGAGCACCCCCUGCACCACAUGAAAUACACACAUGACCAGCUCUUCUUCAUCGCCUUUGCCCAGAACUGGUGCAUCAAGCGGCGAUCCCAGUCCAUCUACCUGCAGGUCCUGACAGACAAACACGCUCCAGAGCACUACAGGGUCCUGGGCAGCGUCUCGCAGUUUGAGGAGUUUGGACGGGUUUUCCACUGCCCCAAGAACUCGCCCAUGAACCCAGUGCACAAGUGCUCGGUGUGGUGA